CGCGGGAGCCCCCCGCCCCGCCCCGCCCGGCUCCGCUCCGCUCCGCUCCGCUCCGGGGGAGCCGCCGGCGGCGCGGGCAGCGCGGGGCAGCGCGGGGCUGGCCGGUGCCGGGUCGCGGCAUGGAGGGCGGCCGGACAGCCGCCCGGUACGGCUCGCUGGAGUCCACCCGGUGGCCGCCCGCCGGCACGGCGGCAGAAGAUGAGAUUAUUUCCAUGGCUGACUCGACCACGACCAUUGAUGACAUUGAAGGGGAGCUCUUCAAAAUCGAGAGAAUCAGAGAGAUCCUGGUGAGGAGGGAGUCAGAGCUGCGGUACAUGAUGGAUGACAUUCAGCUUUGCAAAGAAAUCAGCCGGCUGAAAAAGGAGCUUCAGAAACUCAUAGCCCUUCCAGAGACCGAGAAGUCCAAUGAGGAGAAGCAGAGAGAAGAGGAGCUGGUGCAACAGAUACACAAGCUGGUGGAAACGCGGGAUUUCCUGGUGGAUGAUGUGGAGUUUGAGAGGCUCAGGGAAAGGGAAGAAGACAAGGAAAUGGCAGAGUUCCUGCAAAGUAAGCUCUCCAAAAGCUACCUCCAGAAAGCAACUCCUGUCAAAGAGAAGAAAAUGACUUCCAGGGGGCAGCAAACCUCCGCACCGUACAUGACCAAAACGGGCCUCACCCUGCUCAAGGAGUGCUGUGGUUUCACCUGUUCCAUCAUGUAGGCCAGCCGCCGGCUCCUCUGCACAGGACACGAUCACGGUCUCCAGGCAGAGUCCACAAUCUGCUCUCCUCCGAGAGUUUCAACGUCCUGUCAUUGUUCAUGCUUCCCACUGCAGCACCAACACCGAAGAGACUUUCCACGCAGGCUGGUGCAAGCUUGAAUGAUGGCAUGUUUUCUUGGUGCCACAUCAGCAGUCGUCUCCUUCGUAACAUCAACAAACACCAAAUUCUACCCAAGCUCAGCUUGGAAGAGGCAUGUGCAGCAGCGGCAAGCAAGUCCAUGACAAAGAGGACUGGUGUAAUUCUUUACCUGAACAGAGUACUAAAACAAGCACUGGGAGCUAAUGUUUGAAGAACAUUGUACUCCACCAUCCAAAAAAUGCUGUGACCAUGGAUGAGCUCUCAUCCUUGGCCCUUGUACCAUCUUGUUGGGUCUCUUUUCUAUGGACUUUUUGUGGGGAAUGUCUCUGUUUUGGAUUUUGUUGUUUGCAUCAGUUUUAAUGCAAUGUGCUGGAUGGUUCUGGGUAGAGCUGUGGAAAGUGGGAAGGACAGUCCCCACAGGCGGCUGAAUGAAGGGUUAUUUCUUAUGAAGUUACUACCUGAGCACAGAUCUGCUGUGUUGAAGAGUGGAUGAAUGAGUUGGUUUCCCCACCUCACUGCUACUGUAUUCAGUUCCAGCUCAGAAAAAAAAAAGGAAAAUUAGAGCAAAAGAGAAAAUGAGAGAGAUUCAGAGAGAAAUUCAGGAGAAGAAUGGAGUAAAGUGCAGAGAUAAAUGAAAACCAAACAGGAGACUGAAAAUGUGUCAGGGAAAGGCAGAAAGAGCAGAUGAGAGACACUGUCACUGCCAGGAGUGUCAAGUCUUGCCCUCCAGUUUCCCAGCCAACACUUCUGGGCUUGGCAUCCUGAGCUAGACAUAAAGCGCUGUGUGAAAGAUGCACACACCCCAAGGUGUUGCAGUCUAUGCUGUCCCUUCUGAACACUCACCUGUGUCAUGAUGGCACAGCCAGAGCUGCUAAUGCCCGUUUUGGCAGGACAGGGGCUCUCUAGCUGUCUGUGAAGCUGCUGCCCUGUCUAUCCUUCUGUCCUUCAGGAUGGUGUGUUUUCACUGGGUACCCUGGGGUGGCGUCCCAUUUGGGUGGCUGCCCAAGAGUUCUGAUUGUCCUCUGGCCAAAAUGCUGAGGCCAUCAACUCAGUCCUGCUGCAACUUGCUGUAGUGAUGUGUUCCUGCCUGGGUCACUGUCCAAUGUGCCUUUGCAGGUGAGCUGGUCACAUCCCAUGUGGCUCUUUUCAUUGCAUCUCCUGCUAUUUGUGCACUUGUUAGCACAUUCAUCCUCGUAAAACACAACACAAGUGGGAUCCUUCCUUGUGCAACACCAUAAGCAGGUCUGAGUUCCUCCUGCAUUUCUUUAUCAGCACUGCUGUAAGACCCAGUGUGUGGGACCCAUUUUCAAACUUUUGCAAGGGUGUUGCCACUUCCUUUUCCUUCCUGAGCAAUCUCCUCCCCAAAUGGUUUUUAUUAGCAGUCAGAAAAGUCCACAGACUCUAAAACGAUCCCUCUGCACAUUCACAGGACCAGGUGUGAGGCCCAAAUCGGCUAGCAUGGUACCUGGUCAUCUCCAGCAAACUUGACCCAGCUCUAGUUCGUGUCACUUCUGAGCAGACCUCAGUGGUCUCAAUCUGGAGCCUGCCUUCAUUUUGCGUUGCUCAUUAUUAAUGACCUAUGGCAUCCCACAGCCACUGCUUGCUGGUUCUGGUGCUCUCCUUGCUUUGGAGCGCCUUCACUUCAGGCUGGAGCGAGGGCUGGAAAGUGCUGUAGAUAGCAGAAGUAAAUUAAGUCACAGAGAGGUCCCCUCUGCUUUGCUAACCUGUGUAACAGAGAGAUGUGCCUCCACACUGCAGAACACACCUGAAGCUGUUGCCCAAGCAGGAGUGGUGGGUAGUGUCACAGGCCAUGGUUGGUAGCAUCCGUCCUGAAGCUGAUGGGACGGAUUGGGCCACUCUUACUCCCUGCCCUUCUGGAUGCUGUCCAGUGACUGCUUUUAUCCCUCACCCUGCAGUUACCCAUGUGGUGCAAUAUGGAUGUUUGCUUUGAUCCACACAGACCAACGGUUGAAGACCUAAAAGACCCUCACUGUCCUUGCCUUCCCCAGGAUCUUAUUGGGGAAAAUGAAUAACUGAGCUAGUUCGCUUGGUUGGACUGAGAGGGAGCCAAAAGCAAAGAAAGACCUUUGAUUCAAAACUUUUUCUCCAGGUUGAUCCCUACCUCCACCGUACAAGGCCUAGAUUUCAGCUGCUGGAGCAAUGCUUGGGUGGGCAGAGAGGAUAGCUGGUGAGGAGAUGGGGAGAAUCCUGACCUGUUCUGUACUGUGUUUUCUGGUUGUAUUUGUGUAGCUGGUCGUGGAGGAGACAGGCUGCUGUCCUGGUCAUGCAAUCCUAUUCGGCCUGUAUUUUAACUGAUGACAAAGGUGCACAGCACACAGGAGCAACACUCUUUCAUGUGCAUUUAUUUCAACCCAAACAAAUAAAUGUCUGCUGGAA